GUAAAGCAACCAUUCUGUCUCGAGCUCUCCCAGCAUCAGCACCACACGGUUACAUGCGCCCUCUGGUUCCAAAGCCGAGACGAGUGUCGGUGUCAAACCUGCAAGGCGAAAUCGAUCCGUUCUACAACACAAGGCAACAGGUUUUUCUCGAACUCUAGGGCAUAAGGGCUGAAUUGUCUUUCAAAUUCAGCGUCGAAAGGGAAGUUGGAAGGCAAUUACUGGUGUGAGAACAAUCCACAGUCAUGGACGCGCUAAUGAAGGGGUUCUCAAAAGCCAAGGAUGGGGUCGCGGCAGCAGCAGAGAAGACCAAGCAGGGCGUGACUGGGGCGGCAGAGAUGACAAAAGGUGGUGUUAUCUUUGUCGGCAACAAAACAAAAGAUGGAGUCACAACAGUUGCAGGUAAAACAGUAUCUGGGGUGUCCCAGGUGGGCGGUGCCAUGGUGACAGGUGUCACAGCAGUGUGCAACAAGACUGUGGAGGGGGCAGGGAAUAUCGCUGCUGCGACCGGAUUGGUCAAGAAAGACCCAGCCAAACAGGAUGAAGAUGCUUUGUCUAAAGACUUGCCCAUCAACGAGUCUCCAGCGGACCCAGAGGGCGAUGAUGCUGCAGAGAAGGGCGAGGUUCCCGUGACUUCACAGUAAUGUUUUUGGGUUUCAUCCACCAUCAUCACCCUCCGUCUAUGGAGGAUUCUGAUGGCUAUUAGAGUACACUGCAUUAUCUCACAACGAGCAUUAUCCAGAACUACUGUUACCAUCCAGAAUCAAUGAUUAAAACAUUCCAUGUCGCACUGCCAAGUCCCGUCGUGCCUCGUUGUGGUCCUCAAUGGAGUCUGUGCUGUGUGUGUGUGUGUGUGUGUGUGUGUGUGUGUGUGUGUGUGUGUGUGUGUGUGUGUGUGUGUGUGUGUGUGUGUGUGUGUGUGUGUGUGUGUGUGUGUGUGUGUGUGUGUGUGUGUGUGUGUGUGUAUAGCCUACGUCAGUGUGUGUAUGUUUGUUUCUGUACGUCAGUGAGUGUGUGUAAUUCAGUGUGUGUUCUGGUGUCUUCGUCAGUCAGUCCUGAGGGCGGUCUAUAUGCCCUUCUGGUCCAGCUGUCACCUUCAGUGAAAAGCUGUUAGUGAAUACUGUAUACAGUAUACUCUGCUAAUAGUGAAUACUGUAUACACCACUCUGCUAAUAGUGAAUACUGUAUACACCACUCUGUUAAUAGUGAAUACUGUAUACAGUAUACUCUGCUAAUAGUGAAUACUGUAUACACCACUCUGUUAAUAGUGAAUACUGUAUACAGUAUACUCUGCUAAUAGUGAAUACUGUAUACAGUAUACUCUGCUAAUAGUGAAUACUAUAUACAGUAUACUCUGCUAAUAGUGAAUACUGUAUACAGUAUACUCUGCUAAUAGUGAAUACUGUAUACACCACUCUGCUAAUAGUGAAUACUGUAUACAGUAUACUCUGCUAAUAGUGAAUACUAUAUACAGUAUACUCUGCUAAUAGUGAAUACUGUAUACAGUAUACUCUGCUAAUAGUGAAUACUUUAUACACCACUCUGCUAAUAGUGAAUACUGUAUACAGUACACUCUGCGAAUAGUGAAUACUGUAUACACCACUCUGCUAAUAGUGAAUACUGUAUACAGUAUACUCUGCUAAUAGUGAAUACUGUAUACAGUAUACUCUGCUAAUAGUGAAUACUUUAUACACCACUCUGCUAAUAGUGAAUACUGUAUACAGUACACUCUGCGAAUAGUGAAUACUGUAUACACCACUCUGCUAAUAGUGAAUACUGUAUACAGUAUACUCUGCUAAUAGUGAAUACUGUAUACAGUAUACUCUGCUAAUAAUGUAUACUGUAUAAACCACUCUGUUAAUAAUGAAUACUGUAUACACCACUCUGUUAGUGAAUACUGUAUACACCACUCUGCUAAUAGUGAAUACUGUAUACAGUAUACUCUGCGAAUAGUGAAUACUGUAUACACCACUCUGCUAAUAGUGAAUACUGUAUACAGUAUACUCUGCUAAUAGUGAAUACUGUAUACAGUAUACUCUGCUAAUAAUGUAUACUGUAUAAACCACUCUGUUAAUAGUGAAUACUGUAUACACCACUCUGCUAAUAGUGAAUACUGUAUACAGUAUACUCUGCUAAUAGUGAAUACUGUAUACACCACUCUGUUAAUAGUGAAUACUGUAUACACCACUCUGCUAAUAGUGAAUACUGUAUACACCACUCUGUUAAUAGUGAAUACUGUAUACACCACUCUGCUAAUAGUGAAUACCCUAUACACCACUCUGUUAAUAGUGAAUACUGUAUACACCACUCUGCUAAUAGUGAAUACUGUAUACACCACUCUGCUGAUAGUGAAUACUGUAUAGUGAUCAAUCGCUGACAGUCCUGCACAGAUUAUCACUAUAUGCGAAGUGCACAGUGUUACAGUUUAUCAAAAAGCACCUAAGUAUCCAUAUAAUGAUAUAACGACUAUAUGAAUUUGAAAUGAAGUAUACAAUACUCUAUUUUUGUGUGUAAAUCGUCACAGUUGUUUGUGGUGGACUACAGUGCUAUAUGAGGUAUUUAUGGAUUCAUAUACUGUAUUUUUAUGUUCUGUGAACGCUCUAAAAGACUCUGGGUUGAGGUCAGUGAUAAAGAUACAAUAUUGGAUGGAGUUUGAAACAAACACAAGCAUGGAACCAAACAAUUCAACUAACUGUAACAUGGAGUUUAGUUACAUUUGUUAAAUGUUGAAUAAAGUAUAAAUAAAACAAUUAAGAAUA